AUGGGCAAGCAGGGAUGGAAUGCAGGAGGCCGCGGAGGCCAAGACAAGCAGUAUGGCAACUAUGGGCGCAAGUGGGACUAUUGGCCUGGUACCUGGCGCAGCCCUUAUCGGGCUCGCAGUCUGGAAUUCCCCAGCUACGAUGCGGACUGGAAGGGAGAGCAGCUGGUCGAAAUUCGGGAACGGGAUGCGGAACCGGACCCGACUACCCAGCUUAUGAACCACAUGCAGAGCACUAUCAACCAGUCCCGCAAGUACGACAACAAGUUGGCCAAGCUUCUGAGAGAACAGGAGGAGCGAUCCCGGAAGUGGGAGGCUUACAACCUCAAGCUUCAGAAAGCCUUUCAGGCGGAAAAGAAGCGACAUUAUGCAGAACAAGAACGGAUUGCCCGCGAGAUCGAAGAAAUCAAGGGCCUGCGAAAGCAGGCACACCACCACAUGGUGCAGACCGCGGAACUUGGCACGGCCGAGACUAUCCAGAUGAUGGAUGUGGAGACAAGAUCCCAAUGGGAAAAGAUUACAGGCGAACUUCGCGCCGAGCAGGAGGCCCUCCCUCGGUUCGGGGGUCAUCCAGCGAACAAUCAUAUGGCGGCCCCGCCCGAGCCGACUCACGAGAUUGCCGCGCACCCAGCUGCACCUCCUGGUGUCCCGUCGGAAGUUGUUGCACAGGCAUUCCGCCUGGGAAUCCGGCUCUUGCUUCGGCUGGGCCCCUUACGGAGCUACAGCGGAUUAUCUCCAAAGUCGAGAGUGGAGCCCUAUGUGGCAGCCAGCCCCAAGCCGGCCUUGGAUGCGGCCGGCAAUCUGGCCAGCAAGGAUACGGGACAACAGACUCUAGCAGACGAGCUGAAUGCAGCUCGAGGAAACGCCUUGGCCCCUUUCCGGGCGGGUGGUGUCAUCCCCACGACGGCUUCGGCAGAUGCGAGCACCGAUGGCCAUCAGGCGGCGGCUGCGAUCGAUCUGGACUCGCCCACCAAUGCAGAGCCGCCCCCUGGUUUGGAAUCUCCGGGGCUCAGGAAGAUGGAGUGCACUUACCUUCCCUCUGUGCACCCCCUUUUGAUGGGUGCCCUUCGUGCCAGUAUAUCCAUCAGCCUGAUGCGCCAAAGAGGAGAAUCGGUGGCUCUGGGUCUCCCGCUAGGUUGCGUUCGCAAAGCAGCCUUGGCCGAAGGCUCCGUGAAGCGAUGCUCGGGGCAACCUAUGCUCGCUUCCCUCGUGCCUCUUGCCGCAUGUGCAUCUCCUACCUUCCGGGAGAAGGUGGGUGCCGUGCCGCCGCGCAACAUCGUAAGAGGGAAGGGUUUUGCCAUAGGCUUGUGUGGUAGGAUUUGCCUAUGGGUGAUUCUUGCAUUGCAGUGCCCACAUUUGGUGUGGGCAGCCCCGAAGUGUGCGGCUGAGCUGACGCAAUUUUAUGGCCUCACUGACUUCGCAGGUGCCGAAGAUUUUCCUGUUGAGGGCAGUGCGCUUGCAGAUGCUUUGCCUGACCCCCUCCCAGGUCAUGAUAGCACCAGGCGCUACCUUGGUGUGCAGAUAAUGGCACCCAAUUUUCAGCAUGUGUAUAUGCAGGUGCCUGCAGACAGGUGGGCCAACCAAGAUGAUGUAAUGGCACAGGCUGUGGUUGCGGCAACACACCAUUUCCACCAUGAUUUUGCGCACGUGGUGCCCACGGACCCACAAAUCUUUCAGGGCUACGCAACUUUUGUUGCGGAAACUCCGUGGCUCGCUGCAUCGGGUCAAGUAGUUGUGGUUCUCGAUUUGCUUAGGCUUUCUGGCAAUCGCUUUGCUUGUAUGCUGCCCAACACGAUGUCAGUUGCACAACUUUCAGCCUAUAUUGCACCGCUAGUCGGCAUUGAUGCCGACAGCAUCGAAAUCUACAUUGGAGCGGCUCUCCGUGUUCGUGCCCCAGCUGAGGAGGUGCAACUGGUCUCUGGCCAAGUUAUUACUGCUAUGCCUCUUGGCAUUCUUCCUCAUUUUUGGGGAUCUGUCGAGGAGUUGCUGGCAAACCCUGAUUCGUGGGGCCCUGCCGAUCAGUUUCCACGGCCUUUGGCAAGAGCCGGAAUCUGUCUGCUGCAUGAGGGCAGGCGCUUCUUUGUCAAUCGUAGGUUUUAUCCUGGCCAGCCGGCCAACGAAGCAGCGGCGCAGUGCGCGGGACUGACCCCCAGCACCUCAAUCAUGCGUGUAGCCAGGUCGCCAGCCCUGGAGAAUGUGGCCAUGCAUGGAAACGACUGCAAGGGUGUCGCUUGCGUGGUAGGGGUCCCACCGCCACCCACCUCUGCUGAUUCCCCAGAUCGAGGGGACAAUGUGCUCUUCUUUGAUCUGAGGCCACUUUUGCAAAGGCCUAUCUACCACUAUCAGAUCGGUCAGACCAGACAUUGGCCGACCGUUCUGUCGUCUCUUGGCGUUUCAGCACCUCGAGGCAUGCAGCUUCAGAUUGAGGGAGCCAGCCAUUCUGAUGGAUUUGUCACCACGUCCUCGGGACAUACAAUUGUUGUCCGAGCCUUUUGGCCACCCGUGGAUGACGCGUCGCUGCGGGAUGUCGAGAAUGCCUCCGAGGACCGCGAUGAUGAGUACCAAGAUGACCACAGCAAUGGGCCCGGAUCUGAAUCUGGUGCCCCAUCAGUCUUUGAUUCGUCAGAAGCCGAUUCGGAUGCGAAUGAAGCACCCAGUCGGCCCAGAAGCCGCUCGCCACGGCGCUACGGCGCGGCGGGAUGUUGUGCUGCACAUCUUCGCCAGAAAAGCCCAUUUACCGGCCCAGCUGACAUGUGGAUUUGCAGUCUACUCAAGCACGCUCCUCCUCGGGAGCCCUGCAAUGACACCCCUGUCUAUGUUGGCAAGGUUCAUGGACCCCUUUCAGGUGUUUGUUGGUCAAUUGUUACCAAUGGCACCGAGUGCAUGAAAAGGUAUUGGGGCAAUGCUGAUUUCAACAGCUUCAAACCUACAUGUCCAGAGCUCGAGACCGCCCGGCAACUACGACUGGCCUCUUGUAUGGUGUGCUGUCUCCGCGCGCUUUGCGUUGUAGUUUGCGUAGAGACUGCAGCCCUUUCAUGGUGUGCUUGGGCAUUUGUUGCUCGUUGCUUUGUUGCAAAAGGUCAGGAUUCCUUGGGCUCUCAGGCGCCACAAGCCGCCAGGGAUGAGCGCAAUGCGCAGCUCCUGCGCACCCCUACGCAAGGGCCGCCUUCCCCCCUGCAGAGCCCCACGCCUGAUUUUCAGAUCGACCACCCGGCCACAGGGCAGCAACCACGCCCGUUGGUGGUAAGGCACUGGACUUUUGUCGUCCUGUACCCCCAGCAUUCGAGGGAAGAUGUUGUGGUGCCGCUUCCUGCGCCGUGUCAUGUGCAACAGGCAAUCAAUGCUGUGUCAGCCGCCAGGGACGAGCAACGCCAAUUGCUUUUUGGCAAUCUGAUCCCGGUUGUGCCCCAGCCUGCAGACGAUUUUGGCACGCUCAUCGCCGCACCUGCAGCGGUCGCAUGUUGCGUCGUGUGUGUCGACCUACGUCAGGUUGAUGGGCGAUUCUUCUGUUUGAACUUGCCCGACCGGAUGAAUAGAGAAUCGUUGCUUGCUGCCUUUGGCCUGACCGUCACCCCUGGCCUUGAUGUAUUAUGCUCCUGCGCAGAGACCACUGGGUUGCUCAUCCGGAGCUGCCCCGUGCCAAUUUCGGCCGACGGUUCUGGGUCUUGA